GACAGCGACUCGCUCUCUGACAUCAGCACCCUGGUGGACGACGGCGAGAGCACCGGCGACUCCACUGACGAGUCUGAGGAGGAUUCUCAGACGGUGCUCGAGGAGUGGAACGUGUACUGCUGCCCGGAGAAGGGCAUCCUGCUGUACCCGCUGAUUACCAGGUGGUUCGGCGACGGAGAGAGCGCCGACUCGGAGGACGACGAGGACGAGGUGGGCUCGCCCCACGAGGUGGCGAGGAUGAGGACGAGAUCCUGUCCCACCCCAUCGAGGCGAGGCCCUGCCCCAACUCGUCCGCGCGGUGGAUUUUCGCCCGCUACGCGGCGGCGGCACCGGCCGCCGCCGCGAGCGGCGGCAGCAGCUCGGGCUCCGCCCUGUCCGCGCCGCCGGCGCUGCCGUCGUUGACGAA